GAUUGAUUAGUAGAUUAUAACAAGGCAGAGAGAGAGAGCCAGAGCCAGAGCUUCGAUUAUGGAGAAGAGAAGCUAAGCUAAGCUGAAACGAAGGCCUUCAAAUUCUCCGUGAUGGUUUGAAAGUGGAUAGCGCAAGAGAGAGGAAGAAGGGGAAAGGUCUGGCCGGGUUAAAGAGCGUAGCUGUGAGGUUUGUGGUGAGAAAGAUCAGAGCUAAGAGGAAAACUCAUAAUAAAUUCAUGGAUUUGUGGCAUAAGAUGAUCUUUCCUGUUAGAAGAGUUUGGAUCUCUCUUUUUUCUCGUAUCAAGCCUCGUAAUAAUGGUGCUGGACUUCUGAAGCUUCACAAUGAUGUACAGACCUGUGGAUAUGAGGAUGUUCAAGUGAUGUGGGAGAUGUUGAAAAGAUCAGAAUCAGAACAGAUAGCUAACCAUCCAAAACGCAAGCAACGGUCUUUCUGGAAAGUUCUUGUGUGGUCUAACACUAACCAUAGUGCAGCAUCUUCCUUCUCUGCAAAUCAUUCUCAAUACAAGACACCAGCUUGAUACCUUGUGCUAAAUAAUGAUGUGCUCCUCCUCGUCUGCAUCUUCAUGGGCAUCCAUCAUAGUUUUACUAUCCAACGGCCGACAUUGCAGUAGCAUGGUACGAGCUGUUGCUGAGUGUAACCAAAAUCAAUGCAAUGUGUCAAAGCUUUAUCUUUGUUGUGAGAAAACAAUUUCCUGUCAAAUGACAAAGGUCAUUUGUAAAUACAUAAUGUUCUGUCAAAACCCACAUUGAGAAGCUUCCCUUCACGCCCAAUAAGCUUGGUUAACAUCAGUAUACCUGGCAACAGCUGCAUGAUGCUCAGCGCCAUUAAAAAAAAAAGAUGGUAAUCAGCAAGCUAAUGUGGGAAUUCAGGCAACUGUAUUUACAAUAACUUUCUUUAUCAUGCUCAUGAAAUGAGCUCAAUCCAUAUUAACCAUUUCCAUAGAAAACAUCAAUAAAAAUGAGAUACAAGAUGUGGAGCAAAAUUCAUUAGCCAA